AUGAGUCUGCAGAUUUUAAAUGCAGAAAAUGGAGAAAAUGGUGAAAACGUCAAUGAUGAUUUAACAGCGGAAGACUGUGACUUUUGCUUCACACCACCGGAACCUACAGGGAGACCAUCCAUUCUGCGUUUAUCACAGAAAGAAAACUUGCCACCAAGAAGUGUGGCAAAAACUAUGAAGGUAACUUUUCAAACUCCUCUAAGAGAUCCUCAGACUCGAAAAAUCUUAAGUCCUACCAUGACAGACAAACUUGAGGCUACUUUUACGCUUGAUGAUUUCAGGGAAGCCCCAGAGGAUGAUCUUUUAUCUGCAUGCAACAAUAUUGACGAAAGUCUUCAAAAACCUGAAGCUGAAGCAAGUAGAGAGUCAAAUACACAAAUGCCAGAGAAGGUCAGCACUGCUUCUUACCCAGAUGAUGAGAUGCCAGUGAAGAGCCGAGGUUCUUACAACAUUGACUUUGAUAACUUAAAUGACAUCAAUCCCUUUCAGAGUUCAAUGCAGCUGCAGAAUUCUCCUGGAAAUCUACAAAAGUCUCCUGUAUCUAGCAGCCCUGAGGGAGUUUCUGGAAAAAGUAGUAAUUCUCUUCCGCUGGAUGAUACGGCUCCUUCUCCUUCAACUACAGCAAGUACAGAGAACUCCAGCGCGGAGGAAAACAUACUUUUCCCUGGAAAAGAAUCUGUUUCGACAGAAUUGGAGUCUAGCAAACACAAGCUGACUCCUAAGGAAGCAAUCAGUGACUCUGUGCAGGAUGUGAAAUCUGCUUCCAAUGCAGUAAGCCAAACAGAUAACUCUGUAGGAUCAACAGAAGUGCCUACACAUUCUGUACGAUUAUCUGGCAACUUAGAUGCUAGUAGUUCUGGUGCUACUGGUUCUUCUAAAACUGGGGAACCAAAGCUUCGGAAUGUUUCAGUAGCAGAAAAAAGCUCUACAGAAGAGUCAAAGCCUGCAGAGGAACCUGGUAUCUCCAAGGAGGAACCUGCAGAAAAGCCUGGUAUCACCAAGGCUGGACCAGUAAAACUGGAAUUUGACUUUGAUAACACCACUACUAGAAAACCACCUCCUAAGAAACUAGGUAAAAGACCUGGUAUUAAGCCAUCUUCCAAAAAAACUCCUGGUGCCAAAACAAAAACGGAGAAUACUGAAGUGAAAAGUGUGAGUAAUGUGGAAGAAGAAAUUCCUGUUCCCAAAGCAUCUUAUAAGUUUGACUGGGACAAACUUGAUGAUCCAAACUUUAAUCCGUUUGGAGGAGGCUCUAAAAUUUCCAGCUCACCAAAGUGCCCUAAACCUAGCAUUCAAAAAGCUCAUCUGCAAAAGGAGCAGGAUGGUACCUUGUCAAGGAGGGAGUCUCUUCCAGUGGAGCAGGAUAACACACCAAGUGCUUGUGAGAUUCUUGAGGAAAGAGAUCUUGGAAGUCUGGAAAUUGGUAAACAGAGUGUGGCAGAAGACAAGCCAGGAAUUCAAGAAGACAAGCUAGGAGGUCAAACAGAAGCUGAACUUCUAGGACAACUAGCCAUGGAGAAGAAAAUGAGUCCGUCUAAGUUGUCUCCAGGUAAUGUCCCCUCUCAAGAUAACCUAGUUUCUACUGACAGUGGAAAAAGCUCAAUGCCUGCAGGAGAAAUUAAACUUAGUUCCAACAGAACUGAGACAAUAACAGAUGACCCGACAGCUAGCACUGAACCUGAAGAGCAAUUCAGACCAUCAGCAGAAGUUCUAGGAAUGGGCAUAGAAAUAGACUAUCUGGAACAGUUUGGAACUUCAUCGUUCAAAGAGUCUGCUUUGAGGAAACAGUCGCUGUAUUUGAAGUUUGACCCUCUGUUGAGAGACAGUCCCAGAAAACCCAUUUCUGGUACUAUUGAAACAAAUACGAAUAUCAUGACUGCUCCCCUUCAGUGUGGUCCUGUUGCUGAUUUAAGCAGAUUGCUUGAGGAAGCUGAAAAGCCUGCAGUGAGUCUUCAAAACGAAGAAAAACCGAAAGGACUAGAUCUUCUGGGAACAUUUACAACUUCUGAUAGAGGUCCCCUAAUUCCAGACUCUCUGACCAGUGGUGUUUCACCACUGCCUUUUACUGCUUCCACAAACGCUGCAGUGGAUGCUAUUAUAGAUGUGCUAAAAUACAGUCAAAAAGAUAUGGAUGCAGCUGUCGAACUGGUUAAAAAAGAGGUUCAAGAGAAGCAGUUGGAGACCUUAGAAUGGAAAAAGAAGUAUGACAAGCUUCAUAUGGAAUACAAGGAAAUGGGAAAAAUAGUUGCUGAGUUUGAGGGUACAAUAACACAAAUGAUGGAGGAUGCUCACAAGCAGAAGGAGCUUUCAAAGAAAGAAAUGCAGAGGAUGGUGGAAGAGAAGCAACAAGUUAUUUCAGAUUUGAACUCUAUGGAGAAAUCUUUCUCUGAACUGUUCAAACGAUUUGAAAAACAGAAAGAAGUGCUAGAAGGUUAUCGCAAAAAUGAAGAGGCUCUGAAAAAAUGUGCUGAGGACUACCUGGCCAGAAUCAAGAAAGAAGAGCAGAGAUAUCAGGCACUAAAGGCACAUGCUGAAGAAAAGCUGCAUCAAGCAAAUGAAGAAAUUGCCCAGGUACGGAGCAGAGCCAAGUCAGAGACUGCAGCAUUACAAGCCAGUCUUCGCAAAGAACAAAUGAGGAUCCAGUCCUUAGAGAGGAGCCUAGAACAAAAGACUAAAGAAAAUGAUGAGCUAACGAAAAUCUGUGAUGACUUGAUUUUGAAGAUGGAAAAAAUCUAAUAGCUGAACUGUCUUGUAAAUAUGUCUAGUCUCUCUGAAUUCCUGUUCUGUGUUCACUCACUUUUUAAUUAUGAAUGUGGAAAAAAUAAAACUCUUGAUUUGCA